AUGAAGAAGAAUCGGAAUGGUACUGUCAUGACAUCUACGCGUAUUGUGUUGUUAGCCGAAGAAGCUGAACAAAACUCGUUGAACUAUUCGGAAGUAGCAACUCGAUUAUGUCAUAGCAACGAGAUCUACAAGGAUCUAGCUACGGAGAUUACUACUACGAUAAUGUUUAAGCGUUUGCAUAUAAAGCUGGAGGCGAUUCGACAGUGUCAAUUCCGCUAUGACGUACCUCCGACCUAUGCAUCGCAAGCACCUCUACACUACUACGAGGAGGCUGUUAAAGUGCAAGUGCCACUCCUACUGGAAGACGAUGAAAAGCAGAUGGAUUCAUUCGAUGCUCACCUCCAUUCUGUAUAA